CUCGGCCUCGACGCGCUCGGCCUCGACGCGUGCGGCCUCGAGGCGGGCGGCCUCGACGCGCUCAGCUUCGAGGCGCGCGGCUUCGAGGCGCGCGGCUUCGAGACGCUCGGCCUCGACGCGCUCGGCCUCGACGCGCUCGGCCUCGACGCGCUCGGCUUCGAGGCGCGCGGCUUCGAGGCGCUCGGCUUCGAGACGCUCGGCUUCGAGGCGCGCGGCUUCGAGACGCUCGGCCUCGAGGCGCAAAGCCUCGAGGCGCGCGGCCUCGACGCGCUCAGCUUCGAGGCGCGCGGCUUCCAGUCGCUCGGCUUCGAGGCG